GAUGGGCCCCGGCGGAGGGGGCGUGGCCUAGCCGGCCAGCCGGACGCGACGCCCCGCCCUCUUGUGCCCGCGCCUGCGCCCUGCGCACCGACCGCUCUCGAGCGCCCGGGUGGGAGGUUUUUCUAUAUGAGUAGAGAAUACAGUUGUUGCAAGUAGAAGACAACAUAUUUUAGGAUGUCUGAAGAUGAAGAAAAAGUGAAAUUACGCCGUCUUGAACCAGCUAUCCAGAAAUUCAUUAAAAUAGUAAUCCCCACAGACCUGGAGAGGUUAAGAAAGCACCAGAUAAAUAUUGAGAAGUAUCAGAGAUGCAGAAUCUGGGACAAGUUGCACGAAGAGCAUAUCAAUGCAGGACGUACAGUUCAGCAACUUCGCUCCAAUAUCCGAGAAAUGGAGAAGCUUUGUUUGAAAGUCCGGAAAGAUGACCUAAUACUUCUGAGGAGAAUGAUAGAUCCUGUUAAAGAAGCAGCAGCAGCAGCGGCAGCAGAAUUUCUCCAGCUCCGUCAGGAAUCUGUAGAAGAACUUGAGAAACAAUUUAAUGAUGAAGAAACUUUAUUACAGCCUUCUUUGACCAGAUCUAUGACUGUUGGUGGAGCAUUUCACACUACUGAAGCUGAAGCUGAUUCUCAGAGUAUGACUCAGAUAUAUGCAUUGCCUGAAAUUCCUCGAGAUCAAAAUGCUGCAGAAUCAUGGGAAACCUUAGAAGCGGACCUAAUUGAACUUAGCCACCUGGUCACAGAAUUCUCUCUCCUAGUGAAUUCUCAGCAGGAGAAGAUUGACAGCAUUGAGGACCAUGUCAACAGUGCUGCUGUGAAUGUUGAAGAGGGAACCAGAAACUUGGGGAAGGCUGCAAAAUACAAGCUGGCAAUGCUGCCUGUGGCAGGUGCACUCCUCGGAGGAGCCGUAGGGGGUCCGAUUGGCCUCCUUGCAGGCUUCAAAGUGGCAGGAAUUGCAGCUGCACUUGGUGGUGGGGUGUUGGGCUUCACAGGUGGAAAAUUGAUACAAAGAAGAAAACAGAAAAUGACUGAGAAGCUCAUUUCCAGCUGUCCAGAUCUUCCCAGCCAAACUGACAAAAAAUGCAGUUAAAAACCAAACUUCAGUAUUAUUGGCUCCAACGAAUGGACCUUUGUUGCUGUUGGACACUCAGCUUUUGGAACAUGAUUAUAUCAAGCCAGAGGCUCGGUGCACAAAAUUUGUGCACUUGGAGGGGAGGUCCCUCAGUCUGGCCUGUGCCCUCACCCAGUCCAGGAACCCUUGGGGGAUGUCCAACUGAUGGCUUAGGCCUGGUCCCUGCCAUCAGUCAGACAUCCUUAGUGCUACCACAGGGGCGGAAGAGGCUCCCGUCACCACCACUGUGCUCACCAGCCGUGAGCCUGGCUCAAGGCUUCUGGCUGAGCAGCACUCCCCCUGUGGGAGCACACUGACCAAAGGGGGCAACUCCUGCGUUGAGUGUGUGCCGCCUGGUGGUCAGUGUGCAUCAUAGCGACUGGUUGUUCCACAGUUUGGUCGAUUUGCAUAUUAGCCUUUUAUUAUAUAGGACAGUGGCUGUAGAUGCUCAAGUGGGAUUGGACUGUGAUAAGUGGAUAUAUUUUUUUGUUUGCUGGGAUGUUAAUGGAAUUGAGGGGCCUGGGCUGAGGCUGUAUAAUAUUUGUCAGGUAAUUUGAAGACUGCCAGGGAGCAGAUUUUCUUCCUCGAAGUGUGAAAACUGAACCCAUAACUUUGAUAAGGACAUGUGAUGUGUGGACAUGUUGGGUUAUGAAAGAAUAAUUCCUUUCCUAACCCUGAUUUGGAGAUCCCAAGACUAAGCAUAUUAUAAAUAUGUGUUUUUUUUUAUCUUCUAAAUGUAGGAGAUUUUUUAGGUCUAUUAG